CUCUUGGAUCAUCGAUUGAUCAGCUUUUGCAGGCCACUACCAGGCUGGUGGGAGGUCCCAAACUCAGAAAGUUGUCCUAUAAGAUCCGCGCUAUUUCAAGCACUCUGUAUGAUCUCCAUAGGGAGAUUUUGCCUUGACAAUCACUGGAAAUCUAAGGAAGACGAGGUCAAGUGGGAGAGACAUAGGCAGAAGGUCGUCGAGAGACUGAAUAAUAUUAACAUUGUGGCGGGCUUGGUGCUCACUACUUCCGCAAUCUUUCUUUCAACGCAACCUCCCCUGACAUCAUUUCUUCCAUACACAACACGCGCUUGCUAUGUUUUUGCUUUCGGGUCAUUCGCACAUGCCCUCGGUGGCCUGGCCUGUGGUAUAGCUGUGGUCAACAUAUACGAAGUCUCUGAUAGAGAAUGGACUAGAGAUGUCUUGAUGGGCACGCGCGCUCGAGUGUGCUAUACACUCAUGCUCAUGAGCUGGCCGGCUAUGUCCCUCACUAUUUCUAUCGUCUUUCUGACGAUAUGUCUUCUGACGGCGUGCUAUGCUUCUGGAGUGUGGUGGCUCCAAUUAUUGGCGGCGAUAGAGAUCUUGACCUGGGUGUGGCUGCCACCUGUCUUUGUCUGGUGUGCACUCGGAAAGAAGGCUAUGUCAAAAGCUGACGAAGAAGCUUCUAUUGGUAUUACGGCGAAUUCUGCUGAUCGUGAAGCUUGUGGUGGCAGGCGGAGUUAGUCACUUCGCGUACGUACCUUCGAGAAUACGCCAUGAAAUGUAUUGUACGAGGCAGAUAUUCGAUAUAUAUAUGAAUGAAUUCUAUGCAAUUUAGCC